CCCUAUUGCUUCCGGCAAUCUGAUUUUUGGCAUUAUUUUCUCCUAAUUAAAUAGCUCAGAGAAACAAGUACCUCGAAUUUUUAGAGGGUAUUUGCUUCGGACGACGAGGUGAUAACAAAGAUGCCUUUUUGUGAUUCGACCGACAAUGGGACGAGAAUUUUCUACCGGAGAUUUGGGUAUGGGAGCACCAAAGUCCUCCUAAUUAUCGGAUUGGCAGCGACGCACGAUUCGUGGGGGCCUCAGAUAAAGGGGUUGACGGGAGCGGUGGAGCCCAACGAUGAGGAGCCGGAGGCGGUGGUGAUUGCCGGCGAUGGGGGAUUGGACGGCCUCCAAGAAGGGAUCGAGGUGUGCUGCUUCGAUAACCGUGGGGUGGGUCGGAGCUCUGUGCCCGCCAACAAAUCUGAAUACUCAACGACUAUAAUGGCAAAGGAUGCCCUUGCUCUAUUGGAUCAUCUUGGCUGGAGAAAAGCUCAUGUCUUCGGUCACUCGAUGGGAGCAAUGAUAGCCUGCAAAUUGGCAGCUUUGGCACCUGAGAGGAUUUGCUCAUUGGCAUUGCUCAAUGUCACUGGUGGUGGUUUGGAGUGCUUUCCAAAGAUUGAUCGACAAAUGAUGUCCCUGGCAUUUCGUUUCUUAAGAGCAAGAACCCCAGAGCAAAGAGCUCUUGUUGAUUUGGAAACUCAUUACACAAAGGAAUAUCUUGAUGAGCAUGUUGGAUCAUGUACAAGAAGGGAUAUUCUUUAUCAAGAGUAUGUGAAAGCCAUAUCAUCAUCUGGAAUGCAAUCCAACUGUGGUUUCGAAGGCCAAGUGAAUGCUUGCUGGACACAUAAGAUGACAUCAAAGGAGCUGAACACAAUCCGUUCAGCUGGGUUUCUGGUUUCAAUCAUCCAUGGCAGGUAUGAUAUCAUUGCUCAAUUAGUUCAUGCACGGAGGCUUUCUGAGAAGCUUCAACCUUGUGCAAGAAUGGUGGAGCUCCAUGGUGGACAUUUGGUGAGCCACGAGAGGCCAAAUGAGGUUAAUCAAGCUCUUAUCGAGUUGAUAAAUGCUUCCAAGUCCAGUGUUAGGCCCGAAGAGUGGUCUUAUUUGCCAGAGAAACAGACAGGAUGUAUGGUGAUGGAAGCAACACCAUUGUCUCUGAGUAAUACAAACAAUAAUGUGGCGACUAGUCUCCGAACCUUUUAUAACUUACUAGGGAAGCUACAACUUAGCUUCCUCUACUUUGUCGGGAUUUUUAUGAUGGGAUAUGAGCACAUGAGGAGUAUCUUCAAAACCAUGAAGCCGGUCAGAGUUGCGACAUCCAAUUCGUAAGAGGAAAUCGUGCUGUGCGGCAAUAGCUAUAUCCCAAGUCAUCGAGGAGUUGCAACCGAGAAGAAUAUGUUUCCUGGUAUCGGCAGCUUUACAAGAGAGAGGACGAAUUUUAUCCAGAGAACAAGCAGCAAAGAAGCAAUGUGCCCGAACCCUGGCAUUAUAGUUCGAACACACCGAUGGUAACCAUGGUGGUGGUGGUGGUGGUGGCGGCGGUGGUGGUGGUCUCUAAAUUGUGUUCCAAAAGCUAAUGGUUGAGUGAUUAAUUUCUUUGUUUCUUUUCUCCUAUUGGACACAUAGUUUUGAUUUGCAAUGAUGUAUACAUUAUGAACAAAAAGCUACUUGAACAUGUACAUCCAUACUUGUGCAGGAAUUACUGAUACAGAGACCAUGUAUAUUGAGAGUUC